AUGAAUACAACUUCCAACCUGGCCGUUAUGCUGGACAGGGACGCUAGAUCCCUGUGGGUUCUGACCUCAUCGACGCUAUCGUAUGCUAAGCAUAUGGAUGCACAACGAGCACCACUUCGAUUACAUACCCAUCCCUCGAGAAGCCACGAAAACUCCCACAACCACACCGUGGGACGUUCACGAUACCACACGAGUUUCUUUCCAUGUUACAAGCGCGUUCUCUCAUACCCAUCGAAUCUCCUUUAUAGACUAUAUUAUACCACAUCCAUGCUCUAA